CCUCAGCGAUGGCUCUUCAGGAUGUGUGCAAGUGGCAGGCCCCAGAUACUCACAAACCAUCUGUUUGCUUGCCUCAGGCUGGUGGCUGGGCUGUACCCCGGGGCUGUGACCCUCAAACCUUCCUGCAGAUCUAUGGCCCCAGGCUGGCUCAUGGCACCACCACCCUGGCUUUUCGCUUUCGUCAUGGUGUCAUUGCUGCAGCGGACACUCGUUCCUCCUGUGGCAGCUAUGUGGCAUGUCCAGCCUCACGGAAGGUCAUCCCUGUGCACCAGCAUCUCUUGGGUACCACCUCUGGAACUUCUGCUGACUGUGCCACAUGGUACCGGGUGCUACGGCGGGAGCUGCGGCUUCGGGAACUGAGGGAAGGCCAGCUGCCCAGUGUGGCAGGCACAGCCAAACUCUUGUCAGCUAUGAUGUCCCGCUAUCGAGGUCUGGAUCUAUGUGUGGCCACUGCCCUGUGUGGCUGGGACCACUCUGGCCCUGCUCUCUUCUAUGUCUACAGUGAUGGCACUUGUCUGCAGGGGGAUAUCUUUUCAGUGGGCUCUGGAUCUCCCUAUGCCUAUGGUGUGCUUGACCGUAGUUACCACUAUGACAUGACCAUCCAGGAAGCCUACACCCUGGCCCGCUGUGCUGUGGCCCAUGCCACCCACCGUGAUGCUUAUUCAGGGGGCUCAGUGGACCUUUUCCACGUUCGGGAGAGUGGAUGGGAGUAUGUAUCCCGCAGUGAUGCUUGCGUGCUGUAUAGGGAGUUGCAGAAAGCCCGGGGCUUGGAGCAGGAGCUAGAGGCAAAAGCUAGUGAAGUCCAUCCUGAGCCUGCCACUCUACAAGAUGCUCAAGAAAGUGGAGAACUCGUUGUGGAGCUAGAGGAGGUGACACCAGAAGACUGCAAGAUAACACUGAAGACUGAAACCAUGUGAGAAAGGACAGACCUUGGGGACCGCUGGGACAAGGGAGGGUAGGCCAGGGAACGAGGCUGCCUUGGCAGGGUUAGUUCUGGGAGCAGCCUCAUGGCAUCUGGCUCUGGCCCUUCUGGGUUGCUUGCUUUAUUUGUUUAAGUCCCCAUCCUCUCUGCCUCCCAGAACUACUGAUGUCUCUGUCCAAUGUGUGUUCUGAUGAUGCCCAAUGGAUGGUAUAGUCUCCUUCUGCCUCUAAAGUGACUCAACAAAUACUUGCUGCAUACCUACUGUGUGCCAACUGUCAGGCUAUGUACUGAACCCUCUUUUGUCAUUCCAUCCUGGUUGCUAUUCUCAUUUUGGUCCUUAUCUGGUUUGUUUUCUCUUUCAGCUGCUCACCUUCUCAGCUUGGUCAGGCUGGACAGCCAGGAGAGAGUACCCAGGGCCGAGUUUAGUAAUGGCAGUAAUGGGCUUGUCUCCUCUGGUGCUCCAUCCCCACCAUGACUGUAACGGCUCUAAUGAUUCCACCUCUACAGAGUGCAGUUCUCAUGACAGCUUUUGCAAGCAUGAUUGUUUAUUGAAGCUGGACCAAGUUUAGAGAGUUAUGGGAUUUACCCAGGUUACAGUAGGUGACAGUAUUGUGGGGCUUAGACACUCUCAAUCCUUCCUCUCUGCAUCUUUUCCUCCCAGCCCCCACUGUCUUGCCUUUUUUUUUUUUUUCCUGCCUUCCUUGCAGGCUUCUGGGGAAUGGGCCAAACCCCUGCCUGUUGGCUGGAGAUGAAUGAACUCCAAGGAACUCAUGGGCUUGGAGGAGUGAGCUCAGAGAAACUGUCCAUUUCCGGUGUCAUCUUGCUGUGUUGGCCAGGGCCUGAGCAUACGUGGCCCUGCUCUCUUCCCUGUAGACCUCUCCCUGUUUCUUUGGUCCAGCCUCUCCUGGUUGCUCCUGCUGGAGAAUGAAGACCAGAGGGAGGGUGCUGCCUCUGGUGCCAGCUAGCACAUCUGCCCUUCCUGGCCUGCUCUGACUUUCUAGGGAGCCUGGACUUGGAGAUACAGGUUUCACCCUCAGGAGCACCACUGACCCCUCCCCAGGUCUGGGCAGGAGGUGGGGUCUGGAGAAGGGGUGCUGAAUGAACUUUUCUCUCACCUGAAGCCUCCAGUCCUAAGACUGACAACUGCUUCUCCUUCCUUGACAGUGUGCACUUAGGCUUAAAAAUCCCU